AUGGAGAUUGUGAUUUCUUUGAUCAUGUUGUUUGUGGGUAUAGCGAUUUUGGUGAUUAUCCAUGUCUGCAUCGUGGGGAGAGUCUUCAGAGGGAACAAUACUGAUGAAGAAGGUACUCAACAGAGGCAGAACAUGAGUGGAAUGAAAAGAAUGUUGGGUGAAGACAACAUUAGUGACCUCAAAAACCUUCCUUGCUUUGUGUACGAGGAGGCAGCAGCAGCAUCAGCAUCAGAAGAGAGAAGAGGGUUCAGCAGCUCAGUCGAUUGUGCUGUUUGCUUGGAGAGUUUCAAGGUUGGUGAUUUCUGCAGGUUGUUGCCCAAUUGCAAUCACACCUUCCAUCUGCACUGUAUAGACUCAUGGAUUCUCCACACACCCAUCUGUCCCAUUUGCAGAACAUGGGUUCUUUCAGUAAGAGAACACCAAAGUUAUGCUUCUGAGAAUGUAGAAAUUGUAACAUCAUAG